AUGGCUGCUGGUAGAAUCCAAUUUGCUGUUUCUACUCCCUGCAAUACUAAGGGUAAACCGUCGGGGUAUAGACUGUUUGAAUUUAAGAAUAACCAACUAGCCCUAAUACCAUCAGAAAGGGGUUGCACAAAAGUAGAUGUGAAUGCGAAUAUACAAGCUUUUUGUUAUUUAAGGCCUAAUGGUAGAGAUACAUCAACAUCUCCCGAUACAACCAAUAUUUUGGAUUCAUGUGACUACAUGGUACUAGCGAAGUCCAACGGAUUCAUCGAGAUUAUAAGCAAUUAUCAAUACAAGAUAAAAAAUGGCCUGCGAUUAGCGCCCUCUUAUAUUCUUAGAUGUACCCCAGAAGAUUUCGAAUCCAAUUUUUUUAGUGACUAUAUGAUUGCCGGUCUUGAGUAUAGCCAAGGUUUGUUAUAUUGUUGUAUGUGCUCCGGUAGAAUAUACGUCUUUGCAAUGAACCUUCCAAUUGAUUAUGUUCAGUUCAAAAACAUGUACAACCCCAUGUUUUCAGAUUCCUUCUUCAAAGUUCACCAUGAUAGCAACAUAACGCAUUCAUCUGAGGAGGAAAAAAUCUUUGAUAGUAGUACGCGGUACACUGGAAGAUCAUGGUCCAAACACAUUUGCUACUUUCUUUUACCUAUAGAACCAUCUCAUUUAAGAUCAUCGCCUGUAGUAUCUUCGUUUUGCAAUAUGUAUCAAGGUCUGCCCAUAUAUAGGCCUUCAAUGUAUUUACACAUAGAGCGAGGUAUCUCCACAUUUCAUAUAAAUCCGUUGGACCGGUUUUGUUUCAUGACUGUAUCACCACGAUCACCGCUGUUUAUAAGAAAAAUAAUACUACCAUUAACUUAUGUCACAUUUUUGAACACUUUCAUUAAUCUGAAGAACAAUAUACAAGAAGAAAAAAGUGAUGAAAUACUUUCGUGGGACAACGUAGCUCAACGGAAUGGAUUCGGUUCUUUGUUCAGUUGGAUUAGUAACAAAUUUACAUUUGAUGCUGACAUUAUCAACUCGACUAUUUGGGAUGACAUUGUAAAAUACUCCGGAACAGGUAUGUUGGACUCAGGAAUCGUAUGGAAGCAACGUCAAGGUCAUGCCAAAGAUGACAUAUACGAACUAUUUCAUACCCAGGACAUGCUGGGAAAUAGUCGUCGGAAUUCCUCGUUCAGUGCUUCUAGUAACGAGCCAAGACCAUUGAGUAGAAGAAGGAGAGAAUCCUUUCAAGGCUUGACUAGGGACGCUUUCAGAGAGACAAUCGAUGUCCCAUGUUCAACCAAGUGGGAAUUAGAUUCAUUUAUCCGGGGUUUAAGAAGGAAUACAUUUAUGGUAGAUUUUGAAAUUGUAGAAAAGAUCCCUCACAGAAGCGGGAAUGAUGGGACGAAUGAGGAUGAUAAUAAUACGGAUGAAAGUGAUGAAACAAUGACUUCUUUUCUAACCGAUAACUACAAGAAAAUGGACAUUGUGUGCAUCGAUCAUUUUGUUACACUGAGUGCGUUUCGUCCCCGAUAUUACGAUGAGCCAAUAAUCAAAAUCGAUUCACUAUCGAAUAAAAAUGGUUAUGAAAAUGUCACUAAUGAAAAAGGAGGGGCGGAAACCCAAACUGAUGGGCAAAUAAUAGACGAUGAAACUGCUCAAUUCAAGAAGGCGUUGGGAGAUUUAUGUUCAUUCAAGAAGUUAUUCAUGGUGGAUGACUCCUUAUGUCUCAUACUGGACACACAUGGGGUUUUGCUAAUAAAUAGGUUUGAGAUCAAAAACACCAAGAAUUUAUUGAAAAAUUCCAAGGAUACAAUCCGAAUAAUACCACAUGAUUUCGGAUUGAUUAAUGAUACAAUUGUGAUAAUCAAUAACAUAGACGUGGAUACAAAAAAUGUCUGUAGCCUCGCCUUUCAUUUGGUAGUAACAUCAAUGGCAGGAGAGAUAACUGUUUUUAAGGGGGAAUUUUUCAAUGGCUCCAGAUUGGGGAGAAUAAAACUGUGUGAUUCACUGAAGUUAAAUAGAAAAGAUCGCUUUGUAGACAAACUUGCUUUGAUUGAUUAUGAUGGUUUCAACACACCAAAAAGACGGUUGGACUACAAUGAAAACGAUCUUUAUUCAUUUAUUGUAAAAAAGGUGAAAAAAGACUAG